AAUGAAGGGAGGAGAGUUCAUUGAGGUAAAUGAUCAGACAACAAAAAAGAGUGACCAUUGACUACAUAUAGCUCAAAAUGAACUACGCCACCCAAUAUUUUGGAGUAGUAGGCAAACUCUCUUAAUUCCUCUAUUAUCAUCAAUCAAAGAUAUAGUGAGGAGAGAGAAAGUGGGAGCUUAGGUCAUGAUCCUGGUUUCACUUUUCCUACCAUGGUCAUGAUCCUUCAUCUUUUUUUUUUGAUUAAUUAAUUUCUUCAUCUUUUGUCAUACAUCAAUAAACACAAAGGAAUAAUGGCUUUCAAGUGUUGUGUUGAACAAAAGAUGGGGAAAUUUGCAUUCUUCUUCAUAUAUGCUCUUCUUGAAUGGGUGAUGAUCCUUUUGCUUUUCAUUGAGGGGUUUCUUGCUUUUUUCUCUAAUGAAUUUGCCAAGUUGUUUGACUUGAAAAUCCCUUGCUUGCUUUGCACGAGGAUCGAUCACAUUCUCGUUCAUAGGGAUGCAAACUUUUAUUACAAUGACUCUAUAUGUGAAGUUCACAAGAAGGAUAUAUCUUCCCUUGCUUAUUGCCAUGUCCACAGGAAGCUCUCUGAUAUAAAGAACAUGUGUGAGGGAUGCCUUCUAUCAUUUGCAACAGAGAAAGAUGCUGAUUGUGAUAGGUACAAGUCACUAGUUGGGAUUCUGCACAAAGAUAUUGAUUGCUUUGUGGAGGAUGCACUUCACAUGAAGAAGGAAGAUCAUGAGGUUAUGCUCCAAACAACAACUUCUUUUGUUAGGUGUUCUUGUUGUGGGGAGCAUCUCAAAAUAAGAUCAAAGUCAACUCCUUCUUCUCAAGCUCCUUGGAGAAAUGAGGACUACACACAGCUCAAGUUCAUCUUCGUUAAUGAUUUGGACGAUGGAGCAGGUAGAGAGGAUAAUAUUAAAGGUGCUAAUUCAGAGGAAAUAAAUGAUGAUUCCCUGAAAACUGCAAAUUUUACAAGAAAUAAGUUCUUUGGUAUCCCAUUGUCAGAUUCAUGUCAAGCUAGUCCAAGAUGGUCACACAGGCCUAGAAAAUUGAGUAUGGAAUUGAUUUCAGAGAGUAAUGAUGUAGUGAAUGAAUCAGAUAAUGACAUCCUACAUCGGUUGAAGAGGCAAGUCCAUUUGGACCACAAGUCUGUCAUUGCACUUUACAUGGAACUUGAUGAGGAAAGAAGUGCGGCUGCUGUUGCAGCAAACAAUGCGAUGGCCAUGAUCACUCGGUUGCAAGCAGAGAAGGCUGCUGUCCAAAUGGAGGCAUUACAGUAUCAGAGAAUGAUGGAAGAGCAGGCAGAAUACGAUCAAGAGGCUUUGCAAGUGAUGAAAGAUUUGCUUUUGAAAAGAGAAGAAGACAUAAAGGUGAUGGAAGUUGUUGUUGAGACAUAUAGGGAAAGAUAUGGAGAUACGAAGAGAGUAGGAAGUGAGGUGUGUGAUGUUGAUGAAGAGUGGAAUUCUCAUUCUUUUUCAUCCCUUAGUGAAAGAUCAACUUGUGUCAGUCCUGAUGAAGGAGAUCAACAUAGAUUAGGCACUUUCGAAUAUGAUUUUGAGCAUGAGAGAUGUUACCUCAUGGGUUUAUUGGCCAAGCUUGAAGACAAAAUUACAACAUCUAAGGAUGAAGGAUUUUAUGAAUCUGAAGGAAAAGGAUACUGUGAAAAUAAAGUGACUCUUAGAAGAGAAGUUUCAGUAAUUAGAGAGAGGUUGAGUGCCAUCGAAGCAGAGAGCAUGUUUUUAAAACAUGCUACUAUGACAUUACAGAGGGAUGAUGAAGGAAUCAAACUCUUGACAGAGAUAGCUCAACAUCUACGGAUGCUUAGGCAAUCGAAGGAUGGAAGUGCAUGACAUCACUUUUCAUCAAAUAUGGAUGUGCUGUUGUUCUCGUAGAAGGAAGUUCCAAGCCUUUGACAUAUUAUGGCCUUGAGGUCUUGUGGUAAUAUUCUCUUCCAUGCUGAAAUAUACCUGGAUUAUUAUUUCACAUUCACAUUCACAGUAAAAAUUAAAUUCUAUCAGUAAACAGUGACUUUAUUGCCAAGUAUGUAUGUUGUUUAAGAUCUCUUGCAGAUGAGAAAGGCAAGGAACCAGGCAACUUUUGGUAUAAUGGAGCAAGAUUUCGCACAAUUAACUAAAUACUAUAUAAUUGAGUUGGACACAAGGUAAAAGAAGUCAAUGUAUGUAUAUAUUUAACCAUGUGCUCAUGGUUACUUAGACCCUCCUCCUAGUUCCCAAUUGAUGUUCAUUUUUGACAAGUUGUUUCAUCAAUAUAUAUAAUGAGAGAAUGUACAUUAAUAUUCAGGGG